UUCUAAGCAUCAUCAUUUUUUUAAAUGAACCUAAUCAUAUAAAAUAAUGACAGUUACCACGAUGAUAAAGCUUAAAAUGUGAAAAAGUCAGGAGUGAGAUAAUUAUGGCCAUGUAACAUCUUUAGGAAACAUAUAUUAUUGUUUUAAAAUAUAAAUUAUGGCCAUGUAACAUCUUUAGGAAACAUAUAUUAUUGUUUUAAAAUAUAAAUUAUGGCCAUGUAACAUCUUUAGGAAACAUGUAUUAUUGUUUUAAAAUAUCAGAUUCGUAAACAUUUUUUGGAAUAAGAAGGGAAAAGCAAGUACUAUAUAAUAAGACAUUUACAUGAAUCACACAGAUAAAUAUUUGAUUUAACACACUUGGCAUUCAAACAUCGUCGUUUUGUUCAGUGAAGUGUGAUAUCCUUUAUUGGUAUUCCACUCUGUAUAAAGACGUUAAAUAGUUUAGGCUGGCGCUUAUUAUAGCACCACCAUUACAGAAAAUGUCUUACGAAUUUAUUCUCGGCUGAAGCUAUUUACGUAUGGCAGAACUGAUUUGUGUCAGGUGCCUAUAUACAGUACCUGAAACUUCAAUGUGGUAAAGUGUUUGUGUUGAGGAUGUCCUCGUGCAUUGUCUUGCAGAGUAAAAUGCUCCUCUGAUAUGACAGGUAUACGUGGGAGGGCUGCGCUGGUGCAUGUUUAUUUCAGUUUUUGUUUGCUUCUAACGUUUGUUUGUUUUUGUCUGACGUCACGAGGUCUUUGCGUCACUGCCGUAGCCGCCCCGGUUGUGCGGAGAGCGUCGGUUUGCGCUGGACUGCGCUGCUCCACUUCCGGACAAAUACGAGCCUUGAUCAUUGACAUGCCUUGCCUAUUCAUCAUUUAGCAAAAAUAUAUACACGCAGUAACGAAAAUACAUAUAUAAAUAUUAUUUGUCUUUAUAACUUGACAAGCAGAAGGAGGGAGAUGAAUUCAUCCAGCGAGAUGUCGGCUUUCGCUAACAUCCAUGCACAGUUAGCGUCCAUCAUGGAGAUACUAGCCAGAUCUGCAGUGACAGAAAUCAGCAAACUUGUGAACGAUAGUACGGAGGUUUUGCUGCUGGAGAUGUGCCGAAGACAGAAUGAAAACGACACCCUGAGAAGGAAGCUGGAGUGGAUGGAGAUGGAGUUACGGGCGGCUCGGAGGGAUGAAGCCCGGGAGAGUUUCUCCUUUGGCCGCACCGUGGGAGUUCAGGCUGGCGAUGGCUUACGGGCGAGGGAGAGAAACCGAUUGCAUUUGGAGAGACGCUCGGCUCAAGUAGGGAGCGACUUUGAUCAGCACUGUCCUCGCCUGAAGGCAAAUGGAGGUCCUCCGCCUGCGGAGGAGGAAGUGUCUCGGGGCCUGUCUAUUGUCGAGUCUGCAGACUUCGAAAGAGGGACAUCGGGAACACCUUUUAUCAAGGAGGAAAUAUUUGAAGAGGAAAUCAAUAGCACUGAGUCACGGAGAGGACUGAAGAGCUUUGCUGGAGCCAGUGGUUCUGGUUCGGACGCAAGGAAGCUGCAUCCUGUCCUGCAUCGGCAACAUGAGGAGGACAGCGACACGCGACUCCUAGACGGCUCAGAAGUGCAGGAGGUCCAUUCUGCCUCGACAGCCACAGCAGAAGAUCUCGGGGAAGCGGAGGAAGGAAAUCAGCAGAGAGUCGCGAGGGUCGAUCAGGCAGAACUCCAGGAGUGCACAGUGAGAUCGUUCGCUCCGGCCUCUGUCUGUGACACGUAUGAAAAGGAGGUUCAUCUCUGGACAUCUGCUAUACAGGGGGACAGCGAGACCGAAACUGAUGACCCCGAUUUCCCUUACGAUACAGAACAGAGUCUGUCAGAUGUAAUUGAGAUUCAGCCCAUUCCGGCUGCAGGAACAGCUUUAUGUACGGAUUUGUUGCCUUCGAGGGCCACUAAACCCCAUUUGGGAAUGGUGAGCAUCGCGCCUAAGGAAGAGGAACCGACAGUGCAGCCUGGGUGCAGCGAGGACACUAAAGCUGGACUGGCUCAAACCCAGAUGGAUCCCAGAGAGAGACUGGACUCGGGGGUGAUGGGAGAGCAGCCGUCCAUUGUAGCGACUAAUGAUCAGGGCAGUUACCGCCUCAAUGCAAACAGUGUCAGAAUGGCGAAGAGAGUGAAAGGGCUGACAAGAGCUCCCAAAGGGGAAAAGCAGAUCAGCUGCAUGCAGUGUGGCAAGAGCUUUACCACCCGAUUCUAUCUCAAGAUACACCUGAGGAUACACACGGGAGAGAGGCCGUUCUCCUGUGCACAGUGUGGCAAAAGCUUCUACUGUACAUCUCACCUGAUAUCGCACCAGAGGUCCCACACUGGAGAGAAGCCUUACAGGUGCCAUGUGUGUGGAAAUUCCUACUCGCACCUAAAUUCCCUGAAGUUACAUCAUAAAGUUCACAGGCAGGAAAGACUGUUUAAUUCCACCAGGAAGACGAUGAUGAAAGUGUCCAUCGAAAUGUCGGCUUUUGCUAACAUCCAUCCUCAAAUAGCGUCCAUCCUGGAGAUACUAACGAGAUCUGCAGUAACAGAAAUCUGCAGGCUUGUGGACGGUAGCGCCGAGGUUUUGCUGCUGGAGAUGUGCCGCAGACAGAGUGAAAACGACACCCUGAGAAGGAAGCUGGAGCGGAUGGAGAUGGAGUUACGGGCGGCUCGGGUGGCGCAGCCCGGGGGAGGCCGGGGCUGCAGCCGCACUGUCGCGGUUCAGGCUGACGAUAACAUUGAUGGGGAUGAAGAGUGCAUGGGGACAUGGGGAGGUAACAUCCUUACAGCGGUGAAGGAGGAAUCGUGCCACUUUCUGUUAGUGACAGAAGAGUCUGUAGACACUGACGUGGGCAGGCCAGAGACUGUUAUCAUCAAGGCAGAGGGACAGAAAGAUGAAUCCGACUACGCAGAGUCACACGGAGGACUGACAGUCAUUACAGCAGCAGAUGGCGCCUCUCCCAGCUUCAGCCAGGUGCGUCCUGGUGAGCAGUGGCAGUGUGAGGGGGACGGAGACCUAAAGGAACAGCAGGGACUGUCAAGUGUGAGUCAGUUGCAGUCGGUUCCUGCUCCGGGGGCAGUUUUUUGGACAGGUACUCCGCCUUCGAGAGCCGUUAAUGUUAAGCCACGCUUUGGUAGCCUUGGUGUUGUGCCUCAGAAAGAACAGAUUACGACGCAGACUGGAUGCUGUGAGGUCUCUGUGUCUGGAGCAGCUCAGUCCCAGCAGAUGGACUCGGUGAUGUCCAGCCAACAGCAGCAGCAACAGCGAUCAGCAGAUUCCACACAGGGAACAACGGGAGAUGGGAACAGCGUUACUGCAAGCGAAGGCAAAAUGGCGACGAUGUUUAAUGUAUUAAAAGGCGCGAAGCAGUUCAGUUGCAUACAGUGUGGGAAGAGUUUCAACGACCGCUUUUACCUUAAAAUACACCGGCGAAUACAUACAGGAGAGAGACCGUUUUCUUGUACGCAGUGUGAGAAGAGGUUCUACUGUACGUCUCAUUUGAUCGCGCACCAGAGGUCUCACACGGGAGAAAAGCCUUAUAAGUGCAAUGAAUGUGGGAAUUCCUAUUCUUACCUGAACUCCUUAAAGUUACAUCAGCAGUCUCACACGGGGGAGAAGCCUUACACUUGUGAUGCGUGUGGGAAGUCCUACUCCCACCUAAACUCUCUGAAGCUUCACCAGAGGACUCACACAGGAGAAAAGCCUUACACAUGCAACGAAUGUGGGAAGUCCUACUGCCACCUUAAUUCUCUGAAGGUACAUCAAAGGUCGCACACUGGAGAGAAGCCUUACCGUUGUGCUAAAUGCGGAAAUUCCUAUUCUCAUCCUCAGUCUCUGAAGUUGCAUGAGAAGUCACAUGAUUUAGAGACAUUUUAUAUGGGUACCGUGCAGCUGAACUGGCAGUGUGCUAUCUGUCACGUGAUUUCAAUGAGAAUAUUUUCCAAUGUUUACGGUAAUUCGAUGCGUCACCGCCCCCUCCCCACGGCUAUGCGGAAGCAAUCUACUUCUGUGUCUAAAGUCAUUGAAUACCGAGCUACUGCAGCUCCCAUAUCUAGAUGCUCGUGCACGCGACUGCAAUCGGGAAAUAUGUCUGUCUGUGUUAAUUUUCAGGCACAACUGUCGUCGAUUAUGGAGAUUUUAUCUAGAGCAGCGGUUGAGGAAAUUAGCAAACUUCUGGAGGAUACAUGCGCGGUUUUGCAUCUAGAAAUGCGCAGGAGCCGCAAUGAAGCCGUGGCGUUAAAGAGGAAAUUGCGCUCGAUGGAAAUCGAGCUGAGUGCAGUCCGAAGCUGUGGAGCAGAACAUAUUAGUGGGAAGAACCAAAGUAACGGUUCCUGGCAGUAUGGAGUUCCCUCAGCAAUGGGAGACAAAAACUACCAACAUCUGUCUCUUGUUUUGGGGCAAGAGUAUGAAAAGGUGGAAGGUGAGAGGACUGAGAUACUUAUCAUCAAAGAGGAGAGCCUUGAAGACGACCGCGAGGAACCAAAGCACUGCCGAGGUUUAUCUGCAGAAAUCGAUGCUGUUGCUGUAGCGAGCCCCCACCUAUCCGCGUCCGAAUCUCCAUUCCAGAAUCUCAGAAGCGAUGAGGAGUGUGACAAACAACCAAACCCUUCAACAGUAGAAGAACAGGACCAGUGUUGGCAAAAUGGGGGGGAGUCAUGCAGCUCCGAGCGAAUGCAGACCAGGAAGAGCUGUCAGUCACGAACAGGAGGUUUGGAAAAUCCAAAGGACACGAGAACCAGUCACUUGGCAACGAGUUGGAAUAGUGAAAUAGAGGCUGAAAAACUGCGGCAAUCUACUGACAAAUGUCUCUCGCCGUUUACAGGGGACCAUCAUCCCGUUGCUGUUGUUGAGUCAGGAUCUGCUAAAACUCAGUUCUCUGUAGGCUUCUCUGAUGUGAACUCGCAUGUCAGCUUGUUGAAUCCAUCCACUGUAAACGCGAGAGCUGAGGGGCUGGAUGAAUCCCGCCUGCACUCGGCAAUGAGAGACCAUCACGCAGCACCUAACCAACCACAGAAAUCUUUGGAAAGACAGUCGGUAGAUGCUGACAGAGAUACGGGGCUGUACACUGAAAUGGUGGAAACGCUUGCUGUGUGUCAGCAAAGUCUGAACUCCGCAAAGAAGAUUGAAACCAAGAAGACGUUUGGUGUUCGAGAGAAACAGUUUUCCUGCACGCACUGCGGAAGACAUUUUAAUCGCUACAGUCAUUUUAAAAUACACCAGAGAUGUCAUACAGGAGAAAAACCGUACUGCUGUACACAGUGUGGGAAGCAUUUUAGUCUUAGAUGCAAUCUCAUAACCCAUCAGCGAAUUCAUACUGGUGAGAAACCAUUCUGUUGUACCCAGUGUGGUAUAAGCUUUGCCCAGAAAUCUAGUCUUAAAACACACCAGCGAAUUCACACUGGGGAAAGACCGUUUUGUUGCGUUCAGUGUGGUAAGAGUUUUGCUCAGUCAAGCAGCCUUAAAACACACCAAAAGGUUCAUAGUAGAGACAGUGUAAUAAAAAUGAUAAACAGUGUUCAUUUUCGUAGACAGGUUGGUGCGGUAAUGGAAAUCCUAACUAAAGCAGCGAUCUCGGAAAUCGCCAAACUUGUCGAUGAUGGCUCUGCAGUUUUACGCUUGGAAAUGUAUCGGACCCAGAGUGAAAACGAAACGCUGAAAACGAGGAUACGGCAGAUGGAGAGCGACCUGGAAGCGGCGCUGGGGCGCGGAAAGGCGGCCGGGGCGCCGGAGCUUCCCGGAAACACGCGAUCUGUCGGCGUUCAGGCUUUCGAGGAGUUUAAAGAAGAAAAACAACUGUGCAUCAGUGUGUGGAGGGAGCAGAGGCCAACAGCCCAGACUGACAGCGAGCUUCUGCACACCACAGCUCCAGGGGUGGAAGAAGAAAGCCCUGAAACUCAUAUCAAACAGGAAACGCUUGAUGGUGACUGGUGGACCAGUGACCCCCAGAGAUGGCUGGAAGUCAACAGAGAGGGCCCUGCAGAAAAACUCCAAGAAGGUCAGGAUGCUGAGGACGUCACGCAGACAUCUUCAGGAGAGCCCAAGGUGCUCUGCGAGCCACGGGGGACCGAGAUAAAUGAUCAGGAGCUGGAUGGGCUUCCGUUCGGGGUGAAGGCAGAGUCCUGGAAGGGAUGUGCAGCCCAGAAACUAAAUCUGACAGAACAGGAAUACAGAACAGGAAGACUGAACUCUCUCACCACAGAAUAUGCAACGGAUGAGAAAGUCAGCCAGCUAUGGACUACCUUUGUGCAGGACAGCUGCACAGAACCUGGAGAUCCUCCCCAGAAAUCGCAGGAAGACUUGCCGCUUCCCCCUGCUCUUUUUAACAACUGCGGCAAUCCGUCCUUGGCGGUCAAUGUGAAGCUGCGUUUCGGCACGUUCGAUUCGAUGGCGACGGAUGAGGACGUAGCCGCGUCCCCUGUAUGUCGCGACGAGCCAAUACCGCCAAUACCGACACGACAGAGCAGAGAGAAACCGACUCCAGCAAGAAGAGUCGACGUGACAAUGCCGGCCAGACAGCAGCAUUACGGAGGGCCGGCGAACAAAAUGACACCGAGCGAAAAUACGGAAGGUGCGGAAACGGACGCACCGAAUAGAUACGUACACAUGCUGAGCGGCACGAGUUUUAACAUGACGAAGAUGCUGAAGACGUGCCGAAAGGUGUGUACGGAGGAGAAACCGUUCAGAUGUUCGCACUGUGGGAGGAGUUUCAGCCGUUUGACCUGCCUUAAGAUCCACCAGCGGAGUCACACGGGGGAGAAGCCGUACAGCUGUCUCGAGUGCGGGAGGCAAUUCACGCAACAGAAGAGCCUGAAAACUCACCAGAGCGUCCAUACGGGGGAGAGACCGUUCAGCUGCACGCUCUGCGGGAAGCGCUUCUCCCGGCAGGAUAACUGCACGCGGCACGAGAGGUUCCACAGCGGGAAGAAGCCGUUUAGCUGCAAACAGUGCGGAAAGUGCUUCACCCUUCAGAGUAAUCUUAAAACGCACCAGCAAAUCCACUGCGGGUUUAAUCGUUUCGUAUUUGCAUAAAGCGCUGCACUAAUUCAAUGCGUAUUAGACUGCCAAUUAUUACACUUGCCAUAUAACGUCUAAUUCUUUUCUCCAGUGAAAAACAGCACAGAGGCAAUUUUUAUUAUGCAAAAAGAUCAUUUAUAUAUCAUGAAACGAAGAUGCUAUAAUCUUCGCUGAAUAACUUCUUUUUUAAAAAAAAAAACCAAACAGUGAAGCUAAAUAGUUUGCGUCUUACUUCAACAUGAUUAUAUUUUGCUUCAGGGCUUUUGCGGUACCGAGGCAAUUUUAAUAUACUCAACAUCUGCAUUUAUCUUUUCCAAAAGUCUCAAUGGAAGCAAAGCCUCCAUUGUCUCAGUAUGAAUGUCAUUUAGUGUCAGUGGGAUAGAUGAUGGAUGGAUGGAUGGAUGGAUGGAUGAAUUUCUAAAUACCUUUUGCUUUUCACUUUCUAUACAAUUAUGUAACAGAAACUUCAAAGGCAGUGUGAUACAUGAUACUACUUGCAUUAAAAUCAGUUCUCAGUAAAUUAAACUGCUGAAAAUCACAUUAAUGUCUAUUGUACAUUACAGAGGUCUAUUUAUAGCGACUAGACUAUUGAAAAUAUAAACUAUGGCAAAUAUUUAAUGAAUUAUUGUAUUUUCCACAUAUGACACAAUUUUACUAUUUAAAUGUGUUUGUUACUGAUAUUUAGAAUGGCAAUUUUUUUUUGUGGUUUCUCUGUGUGUGAACUUUUAUUACACUACUGUAUGUAGCGCAGUUUAAAUUAAUAAAAAUGUUUCAGACAUUUAGACAUAAUUUGAGAUGACUCCCUUCUAGUUCAAGCACAAAGAAAUUAGGCCUAAUCUUCAUCUUUUUGACUCAAAAAUAAAAUCUCAAAUGGUACCUUAA